AUGGGCCUCUGGCGGCAGCGCAGCCGCAGCCCCCGCCGCGACGGCGCCGCGGCCACACCGGUACUGGCGGUGACGGCGGACACGGCGAACGAGACGCAGGGGGAAGGUGCGAAGGGCAGGGCUUGGAGAGGUGAUGCGACAGCUUUAGAGGAUGGCCGUGAGUUGGCAGCCCUGCUUGCCAUGUCCAGGCCGCAUGGCUUGCUGAAAGCACGCGCUGGGCAGCUGCGGAAGUGCGGCCGGCUGCCGCAGGGGCGCUGGCGCUUCGGGGGGCUGCUGCAGGCCUUCCGCAGCGCCUUCCAACGCCUUUGCGGUCGUUCUGCUUCGUCCGGCAAGUCGAUCCCAGCGCCUGAGGAGGCGGCACGGCUUCUCUUGGCCUGCUGGGCUGCCGUGUGCAGUUGGGAUCAGGGCUUUCUGGCAGCGGAGGCUUGGGAACAGGCAGCGAGGACGGGUUUCACGGAAGCACUGGACCUAGUGAUGCCACUGUUAGAGGAGGUCUCCAGCGUUUUUGGUCUCUUUGCCCUGUUGCAAGUGAUCGAAAUUGCGCCGGAGGGGGAGGCGCAGAUUGCUGCGCGGAAAGCUGUGGUGAAGCGCAUGCAAAGUCGCUUGCGCUCCUCGGGGGCGACCUGCCCCGUUUGUCUUGAAGAACUUGGACGGGAACCCGUCCAACUCAUUGUGAUGCCCUGCAGCCACGCGGUGUGUUUACCUUGCUAUGCUUCUUCUGUGCGCGCCAAAGCCUGCGCGGGCAGAUGUCUCGUGUGUCGAAAGGUGUGCAAUUGGUCCAACAUCAUCAUCUCGAAACUCCGCGAAGAUUUUGGAGGUUUGAUGUUGAACAUGGUCACGGAAGAGGCCUGUGCCUUGGGUGCCAGCAGCAAUCCCUUGGAAACGCCUCCACCGGAGUUUCUGCUGGCCUCCAUCUGUGCCGAUCUGUCGGAGCACCUGCCAUACCUCGUCGAGGUGUCCAUGACGCCAAGCAGCUUCAGUCGUCUGUUCAAGGCCUCCAGCAUCGAGAUCAGCCCGCAGGGCAGCUGGAUGGUUACCGAGAAGCUGGAGCUGCCAAACUCCUGUGGUCGUGGGAACCUGGCUGGCCCCGGUCUAGAGGCGGUGGCGACGGCACGGCCACGAAGCGUCACAUUACCAGUGGCUUCCACCCUGGUCUCCAUUGCUACAGUGGAUGGCAAGGUGAGCUACAACGAAUUCCAGCUGCAGGACGCAGCAGCUUUCACGCCUCAAAACCUCUUCGGAUUACUGGACCAUGGAGGGACAGUGGUCACGACCUGGAAGGUGCCGCUACCGAUGAAACUGUUUUGGAGCAGCAAACUCCAGGAGAACUUGGAGUCGGCCAUGGUGAAGGAACUCUUAGAACGACCCGAGCUGGAAAUCUUUGGACGUUUGUCGAUGUUUGACGAUGAGUCAGAUGAUGCCUGGUCUGACGCCGGGAACGAUCUCACCAAUUUGCUGAAUCUCUCAGUUCAUCUCAGUUCGGAAAUGCGAUGCAGCGGAGCCGAGGAGGAGAACGGUGCGUUGACCGCCGGGAACGCUGAGGCGCCAGAGAAGCUUUCAGCAGGCGAUGGGAAGCGCCUCGAAGGUGAGAAGGCCACCAGCCGCAUGCCGAAGCUGCUGGAGUUUUCGCGCUGGCGCAAGGUCUGUAAGGCCUGCGCCAGCCAUGGCGAGGCUGAAGAUCAUUUCAAGUUCUUCCAGACCUUGUUUCUCCAGGACUGCAUCCUCUGCGAAGAGAGCUUUUGCUCCGACCACGCGGGCCCGUUCGCCUUUCCCGCGGGCGCCCUGCCCGAGGGCAGCCGAACCACGGUGUGCUCCACCUGUCUGCCACAAGCGGAACAUAUUGUGGAGGAUCAUAAGGACUGCGUGAGGCAGACCAGGGAGGUGCGUGCCAGCGUGUUUCGCUUGAGAGCCAGACGCGUUGGCUGCCACGAUGAGUCCAAAGCGGAGAAUGCCAAGAAUUGCAUCGAAUGCGAUGCCGCGGCCACGGGCAGUUGCGAAGUCUGCGGCCUAAAGUUGUGCACCUCGCACAUAUCACUGGAGCCACCAGAUGCUCCACAGGCGCGUCGCUUGCGCGUUUGCAGCUCCUGUCGUGGCUAUGCUGCUGCGCGGGUGGCAGCCUGUGAGGCCGUGCGGAAGGCCAAAGCCCAGUCCUUCCGCGCCGCCGUGGCCGGCGCCGUGCCGCGGCUGGUGGUGGCCACGCUGGAGGAGGCCGAAGAUUGCGCCAGCUGUGGCUUGGUCUUCUCCAAGCUCCCGGGCUCGCUGCGGCAUCACUGUCGCGCCUGCGGCAGGUCUUUAUGCGCCGUGUGCUUGUGCGGCGUGGCCAAUUGCUUAGUGAACGCAGCACGCUGCCCACACAGCGCUAGGCUCCAUGGUUCCAAGGAGGAACGCGUGUGUGCCGAGUGCCUCCCGGCCGUCCUGGCGCGGCUGGAGGCCAGGAAGCUCUUUGCCUCGGUGGCGGAGACGGCCUCGAAGUAUGCAGACCACUGCUUGCGGGUCGAGACAUUUUUGCAGGAUCCAGAGCAGUUGCCGCUGUAUGAAGCCAACCACGUGGACACUGUCCAGGACAAGUUGCUGCGCGCCGGUGGCUUCGCGGUGGAAGGUGCGAAGCGCGCGGCGCCGCUCCUCUCGUUGCCCUGGGCGCUGGGCGUGCGAGCCAUGGAUGUGGUUUGGAACUACGGGCAGUACGGCCUGCUGGGCAUUUUGAUGCGGGAGGAAAUCAUGAGCGGCAUCAAGACGCUGCUGAGUUUGAGCUCCACGUUGCAAGAUAUCCCUCCCAGAGAUUUGCUGGUAGGCAUCCUGUACUUGAGUGCUGAACAGAGGAAGACCUUGCGGGAUUCACCGGAUGGCUUCAAGAGAUUGGCACAGGAGCACGGUAAGCCGUUACCAGCCCAGCUUCUGGAAGCCUUGUUGGGCAUGGCCUGCAUCGGAACCUUUGCGCCCUACCACGAGACCGCCUUCGAAGUCCAGCGCUUUGCACUGCAACAGAACUGGCGCCUGGUAAGUGAGCGAUUGGGAGACAGCAGGAAACACCGCCCCGCCUGGGCCUUGUUUCUUCAGCAUUUUCAACGCUUGGCAGCGGUGUCCAUCCGUGGAACCCACGUGGAACAGUCACGUGGAGGCGACCUCUUCACGGACUUCGAUGCCGAACUGAAGGAGAUCUAUGGCGCCAAGGUGCACAGCGGUGUGCUGCUCGCUGCCUUGGCCUUGGAAAGGGAAUUGAGGCCAACCUUGAAACGCCUGGCACAGGCGGGCUACCGCAUCAUUCUGACCGGUCAUAGCCUGGGUGGCGCCGUGGCAGCGGUGCUGCUGUGGCUGCUGCGCCAUGGCACCUGCGGAGAACGCCUGGAGGCUGAAGUACAGGGCAUUGGCUAUGCCGUGCCAUCAGUGGUGGAUCACAGGACUUCAGAAGCCUUGCGGCCCUGUUUCACAUCGGUGGUCAACUCCAUGGACGCCGUGCCGCGGCUGUCGAGCAGCACUUUGUCACGCCUGGCUGAAGAGUUGUCCACGUGCGCGGAGCAGAGUAAGGAGGACUUGGACGAAGACCUGGCUCAUUACGUGGAGCGCCUGAGCAACGUCUGGGCGCCGCGGGUGAGGGACGGCACCCCGGCGCCCCACGUGCCGGCUCCGCUGGCGACGCCGCACGCGGAGGAUGAGCAUCGGGAGCUGUGGCGGAGUCAUUCGGAGGACGAGGUGGACUUGUACAUUCCAGGCAGCGUGGUGUGGAUCUACCGCGUGCGCGGGCACCUGGAGGCCUCGCUGGUGCCCUGCACCUUGCCGCCCCUGAGGAGGUUGUUGUUGGACAAGCGCAUGUUCGACGACCACUCGGCCAAGGCGAUCCACCAGGCGCUGCUGGCCGUGCGCAGCGUGGCCGCUGGGCCCAGCUGGCAGAAGUUCAGCGAGGCGGGCGAGAAGUGCCCCUGCUGCGGCAGCCGCUAUGAGUGGAUGAACACGGCACGCUCUGGGAAGAUGCGAUGCCACGCCAUGACCAACUGCCGUUUGUGCGGCUUGGUGGUCUGUGUGGCCUGCGCCUCGUCUCGCCGUGCUCUCCAGCAAGGCAUCGAGGGCCGCAUCUGCGACCGCUGUGCCUGGCGCCGCGACGCCUCGGAGCUGCAGCAGCUGUUUGGGUUGCAUCCAGCGUCGUGA